GCGGCGCGCAGGGCCAUGUCGGCGCCGUGCCUGCGCCUGCCCGCCGCCGGGUCAGCACCGGCGGAGGCGGACAGCGCCGGCGGCAUGGAGCCGCCCGGGGCCGCCGCCCUGGAGCUGGCCCUGGAGGAGGAGCUGGCGCUGCUGGCCGCCGCCGGGGAGCCGCCGGAGCCGCCGCCCGCCGCCGUCGCCCGCGACCCCGAGCUCCUCUCGCUGAUCCGGCAGAAGGAGAAGGACCUGGUGCUGGCGGCGCGGCUGGGCAAGGCGCUGCUGGAGCGCAACCAGGACAUGAGCCGGCAGUACGAGAGGAUGCACAAGGAGCUCACCGACAAGCUGGAGCAUCUGGAACAAGAGAAACACGAAUUGCGGCGGCGAUUUGAGAACAAGGAGGGAGAGUGGGAAGGAAGGGUGUCUGAACUGGAGAGCGACGUGAAGCAGCUGCAGGACGAGCUGGAGAAGCAGCAGGUGCACCUGCGCGAAGCCGACCGGGAGAAGACGCGCGCUGUCCAGGAACUCUCCGAGCAGAACCAAAGACUCCUGGACCAGCUCAGCAGGGCGUCGGAGGUGGAGCGGCAGCUCUCCCUGCAGGUCCACACCCUCCGGGAGGACUUUCGGGAGAAGAAUUCCUCCAGCAGCCAACACAUCGUGCGGCUGGAGAGCCUCCAGGCCGAGCAGGUCCUUGAAAUCAAAAUGCUGACAGAUAGGAAGCGAGAGCUGGAGCAUCGCCUCAGUGCCAUGAUGGAGGAGAACGACCUGCUCCAGGGAACUGUGGAGGAGCUGCAGGAUCGGGUCCUCAUCCUGGAGAGACAAAGCCAUGACAAGGACCUGCAGCUGCACCAAAGCCAGCUGGAGCUCCAGGAGGUGAGGCUGUCCUACCGGCAGCUGCAGGGCAAGGUGGAGGAGCUCAGCGAGGAGAAAAGUCUCCAAAACCUCAACACAACCAGCACAUCCCUGCUCUCUGAGAUAGAGCAGAGCAUGGAAGCAGAGGAGCUAGAGCAAGAACGAGAACAGCUGAGGCUGCAGCUCUGGGAGGCGUACUGCCAGGUGCGCUACCUCUGCUCCCACCUGCGGGGCAACGACAGCGCCGACUCGGCCGUGUCCACUGACUCCUCCAUGGACGAGUCCUCAGAAACCUCAUCAGCCAAAGACGUCCCAGCCGGGAGCCUGCGGGCAGCUCUCAGUGAGCUCAAGAGACUGAUACAAAACGUGCUGGACGGGGCAGACUCCACGAGCUCUCGGCGAAGCGACGACGACACCUUAGAGGAACAGAUCAGGAGAACAAGUGAGGAUUCGCGAGCCCUGAGGGAAUUAAUGGAGGGAGAGCGGGGGAAACUGAGGCAGAGUUUGGAGGAGCUGCAGCGACUGCACAGCCAGGUGACGCUGCUGAGUGUGGAGAUGACGGCGCUGAAGGAGGAGCGGGACCGGCUGCGCGGCGCUGCCGAGGACAAGGAGGCGAGCGAUCGGCUCCUGCAGGCGAUCAGGGACCGCGACGAGGCCAUCGCCAAGAAGAACGCAGUGGAGGUGGAGCUGACCAAGUGCAAGAUCGACAUGAUGUCCCUCAACAGCCAACUCCUGGAUGCCAUCCAGCAGAAGGUGAACCUCUCGCAGCAGCUGGAGGCCUGGCAGGAUGACAUGCACAGGGUCAUUGACCAGCAGCUGAUGGACAAACACCCGAAGGAAUGGAGCCAGCUUGCUUAUUCCUUCUCCAGUGGCUCCGGCGCCAAGCGCCGUGCCAGGCCGGAGCAGCAGGGGGACGAGCCCGUCGGGGCCGAAGGAAACCGUCUCUUCUCCUUUUUCAAGAAAAAUUAA